GAUCUUAACGUGCAGAUCACGUAUCGUCGCCCUACUGUUUCUCUCCAGGAUUUUUUUUUAUAAUAGAGAGAUGUGGCCAUUAGGAAGACAUUACUGGGCCCCAAACUCAAGACACAGUUCCUGCAAUGACAAUUCUGGGUGCAAGCAAGACAUUUUUAAUUUAGAUACAGGUAGAACCUAGAAGCUCUUAACACUCCAGUCUCACUAUUAUUUCUUUCUCUUUUAUUCCAUUUCUUUUUCUUCCACAUCUCCAAAAGCACUGUCUAUUUCAUCCUGAAGGGUGUACUCACACUAGCAAUUUGUUCUGCGCCUGAGCAUGUUUGGCGUCAUUUCUUGUUUGUCUUGUUUGUUUAACUAGUGUGAUCACUCCAUCUGGGCCAACUGUACUGUGCCCUGGCCCAGAAGAUUCGGGAACAGUGUGGUCCCUAAAUGUGACAGAGCAUGGACAUGAUGACAAUGAUGUGACAAGUCAGAUAGUUGCCAUUCAAAUUAUUGGCUGAGCCAGGGAAUGCAAUGCCUAUUUUCAUCACCAUCCAUUAUAACAGCCUCCCAUCCAGGUAAGGAAAUGAUGUCCAUCCCAGCCAGGAUGCCAGUCUACCCAUGACAAAAGACAGUGUCUCAGGAUUACAAGAAUGGGGCAGUGCUCCACAGUUUUUAAAGGAAAACAAGAAAGUGUUUUGAACAAAUUGAUGACACUCCUUAGCCUUCCUGGAGAAAGAAUACUCUACUCAUGCCUAAUAUCCAGAAAGGGAUAAUUUGGAUUACUUCCUGAUACUAGAACUGUAUUUUUUUUUUCUUCCAUGAGUAUUGCAGUAGCAAUGGAAGGUUGCAGUCACGUCAAGUCCAUUAUUAAUAUCUUUAUUUAAAUCAUAUUAGGUAUUUCUUCAGUUUAAAUGAAUAAAUCUUAUUCAUAUUAAUCAGUAGCACACAAAAAUGGGUGAAUUAGUCAUCUGGAUUGUUAAAAUGUUAGGGAGACAUGAUGGCAUAGAGGUUAGUACUGCUUCCUCACUAAUCCCUAGUCAUGGGUUUGAAUCCCAUUUCCAGUCCCUGCCAGUGUGGAGCAUGGCCAUGCUCUCACCAUGUCUAUUCUGCUUUUCCCCUCCAUACUUCAGUUUUUCUUCCACUGGUCAAAGUUUGCUUACAUUUGAUUAAUUGGUAAGUCACUUUUGAUCUUACGUGAGUGUGUCAAGGGUUUGUUCAUAGGUUGUGCCCAAUGCUGCCAGAAUAGGUUUCAGACCCUUCAUGACCCUAAAUUGGACUAGGCUGGUUUGAAAACCUUAUGUCAGAUUAAUUAUUAAAUGUUAUAUUAGUUUUACCAACUAUGUAAUGUUGAGCUUACUGCACUCUGUUACUGAUGUAGUAGAAAAAGAUUUGCUUUGUUACAUCUGUUCAUUCAUUUGCAAAUAUGUCAGUCCUUAAUUGUCACGUCAAUCAUUGUCUGAUUCACAGUUGUAUAGUUGAGACACAUACAGAAUAUGACGUUGUUGUAUUCCGGUUUAUUAAAGUUAUAUUACUUAUUAACUAACUGUCAAUAUUUAACUUUUAUUGAUCUCUGGACAACUUUAUAUUCUCCACUUGCACUUACAAAAGUUCAUCAUCUCACGUCUGAGAGAAUUCUUUCACUAGAAAUCAUGGCUGAUAUUUCAGAAGACCGGGAGAAAAUAAAAAAAGGCUUGAAACAGGCACUGGAAUGUGUGGCUGCUAUAUCUUCAGCUGCUGCUGUAGUUAAUCCAAUAUUUGGUUUAGCAGGAUCCAUAAUUAGACUUGUUCUCAACAACAUAGAUGAUGAGGACAUGAACACUCUAAAGAGAGAAUUUCAGAGUGUUCACUCUGGGUUAGAUAAAAUUUCCCAGCAAAAUAAAAAAACAUUAAUGCAGAUCCAGAAAGAAACUCUGGAUGGUCAAUAUUCAAAAAUAGAGGAGAACAUCAAAAAUCAAUUUCGGAAGUUCAUGGAAAUUGUGGAGGCUAAACCUGAGCAGAAAGAGCAGAAAAAAAAUAAAUUUCAGGAAAGCUUUGCAAAUGAUGAUGGAGAUCAGAAUCUACAUACACUCUAUAGUGGAGUGAUGGCAGAAACCAGAUUGUUCAGCAAACCGAUUCUGGAAGGGUACAUGAAAUUCUCAAAUGGAGAUCGUCAGAUUAUGGAGCCUCUGUGCACACGAUUGACAUACUUAUUCUGCAUUGGUCUUGUUGCCCUGAUGGGUUAUACGGCUAUAAUUGAAGAUGAUGAGGAUAAGAUCCGAGAAGACUGGGGAAAGAAAAUGGAAGAGGUACAGCAGAAAAUGCAAAUUGUGUUAAAUGCCUGCCAUUAAGCAAAAGUAUUGUUAGACCAAAAGAGACAUGUUGCAAAUAAGCAAACUGUCUUUGAGAAAUGAAGAAAACAAAAUCUACUGCUUGUCAUCUCUAAAUGAAUGCUUACAGUGUGUUAUGCAGAAAAGACUUUGAUUAACAAAUGGCAAAAAAAUUUACUUGGCUGAUAAGAAAAGAAUAUGACUACAUAAACAAAUAAUCACUCUAUUCUCUUUAUCUGAAUGAAUAUAAUUCACAAAGACAUAAGAAGUCAUGUUGUGGGUGUAUGGCCGUUGAAAUAUACCAUAUGAAGAAUAAAAUGUUCAUACUCACAAUAUUGGACUAUGAAUUAAACAAUAUAUCAAAUAGGAACUUGGACUGCAAGCAAGUCAUAAUUUGGACUUUGUGAGCUAAUACUGAUUAACCUACCGACAAUUAAAAAAUCUGGACAUUUUUCUUUACUUUAACAGAACCUACUUAAACUUUUAAACUUUG